UUUGGGGACUGAGAAAUAUCUUCUGACAGGAUCUCCCUGAACAGGAAAAGAAAUUAGACUUCUAAGCUCCCAACCAUGAGCAAUUCAACAAAUCCAGGAGAGAAAGGGACUGGCAAUGAAUGAUUGACUAGAUUUUCUCACCUACUUCUGGAAGGACAUUGCUCAUGCUGAAAUCUCAAGAUAAAGAGGAGUUUUUGAAGAAAAGAACCUAGUAGUAUGAAAGCAAGAAUAAGCAUGAUGUCUGAGAAGUGGGUUCCAGCUCUAUUGCUGCUGCAGCUAUGUUGCUUUAGCUGUGGGUCCUGUGGAAAGAUCCUGGUGUGGCCUAUGGAGUAUAGUCACUGGCUCAAUUUAAAAGCCAUGUUGGAUGGGCUCAUAGCGAGGGGCCAUGAGGUGACUGUGCUGACACCCUCUGCUACUGUUUUGGUGGAUCCCAAUAAUUCAUCAGCUCUCCAUUUUGAGGUUUUUCCUGUGCAAACAAAUCCAGAGGAUUUAGCUUUCUUCUUUGAAAAUUGGAUCACAAUUUGGAGUUAUGAGUGGUCAAAACUAUCACUACUUGAGUAUGGUGCAAACAUGCAAGAGAAGUUUCUUCACUAUUCAGGUAUUAUAAAAGAGCACUGUGAGAGUGCUGUUCUGAACAAAGAACUUAUGAAGACAUUGAAGAAAGCCAGAUAUGAAGUUGUUCUUUCAGAUGCUAUGUGUCCUUGUGCUGAGCUCAUAGCAGAGAUACUUCAAAUCCCCUUUGUCUAUAGUCUUCGCUUCACCAUGGGCAACACCUAUGAAAAAUACUGUGGAGGACUCCCAUCCCCUCCGUCUUAUGUGCCUGUACCCAUGACAGCAUUGACUGACAGGAUGACCUUCAUGGAUAGAGUGAAAAAUAUGCUUUUCACUCUUUACUUUGACUUUUGGUUUCAGAAUUUUGAUGAGAAGGAUUGGAAUCAGUUUUACAGUGAUGUGUUAGGAAGACCAACUACAUUAUGUGAAACCAUGGGGAAAGCUGAAAUGUGGCUGAUUCGAACGUACUGGGAUUUUGAAUUUCCUCGUCCUUACUUGCCAAAUUUUGAGUUUGUUGGAGGACUCCACUGUAAACCUGCCAAGCCUCUUCCUGAGGAAAUGGAAAAAUUUGUCCAGAGCUCUGGGGACCAUGGUAUUGUGGUGUUUUCUCUUGGGUCAAUGGUGAAAAACUUAACUGAUGAAAAGAGUAAUGUGAUUGCUGCAGCUCUUGCCCAGAUUCCACAGAAGGUUCUGUGGCGAUACAAAGGAAAGAAGCCAGCCACAUUAGGUCCAAAUACCAAAACCUAUGACUGGAUUCCCCAGAAUGAUCUUCUUGGUCACCCCAAAACCAAGGCUUUUAUCACUCAUGGUGGAACCAAUGGAAUCUACGAAGCUAUCUAUCAUGGAAUUCCCAUGGUAGGUGUACCCAUGUUUGCUGAUCAGCCUGAUAACAUUGCUCACAUGAAGGCCAAGGGAGCAGCUGUCGAGGUGAACUUUAAUAAAAUGACAACAGCUGACCUGCUUAAUGCUUUGAAGACAGUCAUCAAUGAUCCUUCAUACAAAGAAAAUGCUAUGAGAUUAUCAAGAAUUCAUCAUGACCAACCUGUGAAACCCCUAGAUCGAGCUGUCUUCUGGAUCGAGUUUGUGAUGCGUCACAAAGGUGCUAAGCACCUUCGACCUGCUGCCCAUGACCUCACCUGGUACCAGUACCAUUCCUUGGAUGUGAUUGGCUUCCUACUUGCCUGUGUGGCAACUGUUGUCUUUAUAGUUGCUAAAUCCUGCUUGUUUUGCUGCCGGAAAUUUGGUAAAACAGGAAAGAAACAAAAGAGGGCAUAAUUUCCUCUGAUACCUAAGGCUGGGGAUGGGGGAUGUAAGUGGUGAGGAAGAAGCCAGGAAGAUCUGUACCUUAGUAAUUUAGUCUAGCUGUUUUAAGGUUUGAAAUAAACUCCUCCUUUUCCCAAUUCACAAUAUUUAUGUAACUCUUACUUUGUGCAAAGCACUGUAGACAAGUCCUGAAGGAGAUGCAAAGAUAGAUGAGCCAGUUUCUGUCCUCAGGUUUACAACCAAUUUGGACAUGCAUAUGACAUGCACACAACAGAUAAUCAGAGUGGUCAUUUUAAUAUGAGAAGAGAUGUAUCGAAAGAAGCAAUUUAAGAGUUUCUCUUUUUCUUUCUAGUUUGUGAUAUCAAAGACUUUCCCAGGUAGAUUAGGAAAACUACAGUACCAAAGUUAGUAGAAAACAAUACAGGAGAAAAACAAAAUUCAAACUGGAAUUUUUUCUCAAUCUUCGACUACUUUCUUUUGAACUGUCCUUUCCACAUCCACAAUUGUUAUGUCACACCCUAGAAUAAUUUCUAAGAGUAAUUCAAGCAACCUUUUAAUCUUGAUCUGUAAAUGCAAUUUGCCCCAACAGGUUUGUGAUCAUAGCUCAGUGCUCUGGGACUGAUGACUCAUACACCUGAGCUCUACUACUAACUUGGCUGAGUGACCAUGGGCAAUGCAUUUUGUUGCUGGGCUUCAGUUUCCUUAUUUAUAAAAUGAAAAAAGAAAUGGAGGCAGUUUGACAACAUAAUUCCUCCCACUUCUAAAACUGGAAUUGGAACAAAGAUUCAGGAGAAAGUAGUCCUGUGCUUCAACAAAAAUCUAAAAUGUUGCUAUUUCUAGAGUUCAUUCAUUCAAAAUGAUGACCAAUCAAAUAUUUCCAAGCUCUUAGGAUAUUCUAAGAAUAAGUAGUGAUAGUAGCACCUGUUAAAAAAGGAUUUUCCCCACUCUUCACCUUGACUUGUAAAGCCUAAAUUUAGAGCAAAGUAAAAUUGCCUCUAGGCCUUUAAGAAAAAGAAUCACAGAGAAUGCUUUCAUUUCUCGGGGAAAGAGAUUUGUCUCCAAUAACUUGAUGGGCAAAGUAUGGAUAUGGAGGGGAAACUAUAAAGGGAUAUAGGAGGAAAGAUUAUUGUUCACUAGUUUUAUAAAAUAAAAUAGUAACCAAAUAAAAGUCCUAUUUGCAUUUUAUUUUUUAAAAUUAUUUGUAUUGAUCAGUUUUUUGGACUAUAAUAAAAGUAAUAAGCCCCUAUGGAGCAGUACUGGAUUAAGUUUUCUAGACAUUAAGCCAUUACUGUCCUAUCUAAAUAAGAGCAGUAGGAUUUACUACACUGUAAACACUGUAUCUUAAAAAUAAUAGUUUGCCAAAAUCAAAGUUUAAUUUUUUGGUAGUGUUCAUAGCUAAGUUAAUGCUUCAAAUUUUUCUUUUAAUUUUGAAAUGGUUCAAGAUGAACAGUUCCAAGGCAUUUUGUCUUAUUGUAGAUUUCUAAACAUCAUUAGGAAGACUUUAUCUCUCCAAGAAUUUUUUGAGGUUUGAAAUUUGAGGCUUAAAGUGGAUGGAUUUUUUUACAUAAUGCUCCUUGGAUUACAUACCAAUAUGCUAAUUAUGUUCAUUAAGCAUUAUGUUUGUAGAGAUUGGGAUGAAGUGUGUAUUGCUGCUAUAAUUCUGAUUGUAAUGCAUGUCUAACUCAGAGUCUAUGGGCUGCAAAUAAUAUUUUCAAAGGAUAAGUGCCCUCUACUGGUUUAGUUAAAAACAGUAAAUUCUUACAUAACAUGCAAGUUCAUUUUUAAAAAGCUUACUUACAAUAAAUAAAUAAAGAGCAUACUUACAGUUCAUAUGAUCAUGGCCCUGCUAAUGUUACUUCUUGAACUUGACUGAAAAUAGCAAUAUGACUACAAAUCCUUUGCAUGCUGAUUUUAGGUUAAUAUGCAAAUAAGCACUGUAAAUUCAUUUCCCAAAUAUUUUUAAUUAAAAGAAAUUGAUUGUUA